AUGGCCACACCUCUAUCUCUUCAGUUCCAACUCCUUUACCACUGGGAAAACAGCACACGUAAUGACGAUCUCAAGACAUGCAUGUACCCAACCUUCAAAGUCAAUUUGAACAAUGUGCCAAUCUACCGACUGAUCGAUUACCAAUUCGAAUCACACUACAUUAGUGCAGGACAAUUAUGGAAAGCGAGUGGACUGACAAUUAUUGAAGGCCUGCACCUCUUCCAACUCCACCCUUCUGACUACCAAGUUGAUUUCUUGAUCCCAGUAUUUCCCUUCUGCGACAUCUGGGUGACGACCAAAAAGGCACGGAGUAUGGCGGCCAGUCUUGGGGUUGACAUUGAACUCGACCGGUUUCUUGAUCCAGGUCUAGAUCGCUUCUAUUCCUCUGAUAAUGCUGCCCGAAAUGAGAUUGUGCACAACUGGAAGGUCGAGGCAAUUCCGAAUGCCAUGUAUUCAACGCGCGCCUUGCUGGAGACCGAAUUUGAAAUGCCAGACCGGUUGACAGCCAAUCGCAAGAUCCGGACGCAGAUCUCCCGGCUCAGACAACCAGGAAUUAUUAUGAAAGACAGGUUCGAGAACGGGCUUGUGCGGUGGCAGGUUGGAACAUACGAGCAAUUUAUCCAGCCUUCAGGCUUUUCUGCCUCCGGGAUAUCUCAAUUGCGAUCAGAACAAAGGAAUAAUCAUAAUAAUAACAAUGCUAUUGAUGAUGACGAGGAAUUGGAAGAUGAUGAUUUGGAAGGAUAUCCGCAAGCUAGUUCGGUGUGGGAUGUUUUGCAAGGUCUGCUGUGCGAUCUUCAGACCCUGAGACGACAAGGUGUGACAACUAGUAACAAUAUCCGAGAAUCACGGGUCCUGUCAGACACAAUGCUUGUUGGAAACAUCCCGCUCAAGAGAGAGUACCUUGGUCAGAGCAUGGCUCUCCAAAACAUGUACAUUGCUGUUAUGGCAGAAAAAAUCUACAAUGAGAUCCAAGGGAUGGCUACUGAAUCUAGAACUGAACCUGGAAACAAAAAUCAAAAUCAAAAUCCAAACCCAAAUGAAAAUGAAAAUAAAAAUAAAAGUAAAAAAGGCAUAGAGAUAGAAAGAGAAGAAGAUGAUGACGAUUUGGAAGAAGAAGAAGAACGAUCGGUAAACAAGGUGGCUGGAUUAAGAAACGAAAGUCUAGGUUCUUUGUCAAGCGAAUACUCAUUAGGUGACCACAUUGAUCCACAGAUGAUGCUUCACGAUCGAAUGGACUUUCUGGAACAGAGCCUGUAUCGCAUGAGUCGCAAGUCGAGAAAAAAGGUCGAUGAAGUAGUGACAGGACAGCAAGAACUUGAGAAUCAAAUAUUAGCCCUGGAGCAGUGGAGGUCAAAGAGUGAGCUGGCAAGAAAGAGUGAACGGGUGUGGAUGUUUAUGGUUAUGCUUUCUAUUCUGAUCGGUAGCUGGGUCCUCCGAUGA